AUGGCUGCGAGGGACUCGGCCCUGCCGCGGCCCGGGAGGGACGAAGAGGCGGCGCUGCUCCUGGAGAAGGCCCACCACCGCCACGACCCGCGCUGGCUGCUGCCCGCCACCCCUCGCCUCUGCCUGGCCUGCGCGCUGGAGCUGCUGCCGGAGCCCUGCGUGUCGCUGGUGCGCAAGAAGCAUUUGCUGUCCUGCUUCCGAGACGCCCUCCUGCGGCACACGCCCCUGGUCAUGCAGCUGGUGGCCCAGGACCAGAGAGUCUGCACCCACUUCAUGAGCUUGCUUUUCGGACUGUUAUGCAGUGCAGAAGACGGGAGUGUCACAGACCUCUGUAUCGAAGUCCUUGUCCAGCUUACGACUCAGCUGAAGUGCGAGCAGGCCGCCCACUGCCUGCUGGAUGAGUGCCGCAACGAGCUGUGCAACACGCCCUCUAUGCGAGGCAGCCUGGCCAUCCUGACCCUUCUGGGCAAGCUAGUGGACGCCCUGCCUGCUCUGGCAGACAAGCUUGUGGAGCGCGGCGACUUGAUGGAGCAUCUGUGCAGAAGUCUAGCCUACCCCAACGAGGGGGUGCAGGCUUCUGUCUGUUACCUCUAUGGGAAGCUGUACUCGUCACCAGCGGCAGCUGAGAUGCUCUCGGGCCAUUUUCGGGAGAAGCUGUGUUCCCUCUUUCUGUCUACCCUGGAUGGUGCCCAGACAAAGGAGCUUCAGAUCAACUGCUUAGGCUUGCUGAGGCAGCUGCUGAGGGAUGACCUCUUUGUGGCCGUGAUCAUGGACAAGCGUGUGCAGGCGGCGCGCGCUGACGGCGUGGAGGGGCUGCCGGGGGAGCCCUCUCUGCCCUUGGUGCUCAAGAAGCUUCUGCUCUCGAGAGACGAGACUCUGCAGGUGGCCAGCACUCACUGUAUCACGGUGGCGCUCGUCCACGCUCCAGUGAAGUACGCUCCGGCCUUCAUCCAUGCUGACAUCCCAGAGUUCCUCUUUGAGCAUCUUUCCUCUGUCAGUGACGUGCUUGUCUGGUCCUGCUACAACUGCUUGAUACUUCUGGCAGAAGAGCCGCUCUUCUUUUCCAAAUGCCACACGGUGUACGGGAUUGAGUCGGUGGUGAGGAGUCUGCAGAGAAGCCUGAGCACAAACAACACGGAGCUGCACAAGCAGGGCCUGCUGCUUCUUGCCGAGAUCCUGACUCGGCAGCCGGAGGAGAUCAGGCUCUUCACAAGUUCAGCCAUGUGCGGAGAUGCUUGCCAGGCCCUGCAGGAGGCGGUGGGCAGCCCCGUGCUGGAGGUGGCUGCCGAGGCGAUGAAGGCCGUCUCUGCUUUUCUGAGGAAGGACCACCAGAGCGCCCGGCCUGUGCAGUACGGUGCCCUGCGGGCCUUGCUCGAAGCCAUGCUGAGCCGGUGUGCAGACUUCUCCCAGGCCCCGCUGAGCUGGAGGCCCCCGGGCCGAGCCUGCAGUGGGGAUUCAGAGAAGGCGGUUCUUCGGAGGGGAAGGUUCCUCCUGCGCGCUCUGGAGGGAUUCAGAAAUGCCUGCAGGUUGGCAAUGGAGUUCCAGAAUGAGCCUUCUGCCCAGGAGAAUCCAUUCACAGCCCCGAGCGCAGAGAAGGAAGACACCUUAGAGGCCUUUUCGGAAUUUCUUCUCAGUGCCUGUGACUCCCUGUGUAUCCCCAUGGUGAUGAGACACUCGGAGCAGGUGACCCACCCAGCUUUGAUGGAAGUUUUCCUCUCGAUUCUGCACAGCCUCUUUGUCAUCGUUCCCCACAUGAAGGAGAAGUUCUCCAAGAAACUUGCGGCCUCGUCCUUCAUAAGACUGACCCUGGAGCUGAAGGCCAGGUUCUGCAGUGACCGGAGUCACUCAGCCCUAAAUCAGGUGUGUUCCAGUUUCCUCCACCACCUGUGCCUCAACCUCCUCUCAGCCCCAGAGAAGACAGGAGCCCCGUCCCAGGAAGAACUCUCUGCCGCGGCUGAGCUCUUGCAGCACGGGCUGCCCCAGAUAAGCAGCAGGAGCCCCGAGAGCCUUGCCCUCCUGUCAGAGCGCCGAUAUGUGGAGGGGGUGGCUCGCCAGAGACAGUGCUGCCUCCUGCUCCUGUUCUACCUGGCUCACACCUACGACGACAGGUUUGUCUCAGAGCCGGAGUUACUGGUGGCUGUGCAAAGCUUCCUCCUGUCUCUGCAGGAUCAAGGGGAGCGCCCUCCACUGCUGGUCUUUAGAGCCUCCGUCUACCUGCUUGCCGUCUGCCAGGACAAAGACGGCGCACUAGACCAGGCUGUGGUCAGUGCCACCAGGAAGUUCCUCGAGGGCGUCCCGGACCUGCGCUCAGUCUACAGCCACCACCCUCUCCUGCUCAGGUUCUUCCUGCUGCAUCCGGAGCUGAUGAGCAGGUUUGGACACCGCGUCCUGGAACUUUGGCUCUGCUGGGAAGAGAGCAGCUCCGAGGGGCCGGGGCCUGGCUCGCCUGCCGGCAAGGCCGCCCUCCCCGCCAGCUUGGCCGCCCUGUUCCGCGUGCUCAGAAGCAGCCCCAGCAUCCUGCUCAUUUUGCUCGACCUCGUCUACUCCAGCCCGGUGGCCAUCGCCCGCAAGGUGCUGCUCGUCCUGAGGGCCUUUCUGAGGAGGAAUGAAGGCGCCCAAGUGGAUGGGCUCAUCCGUGGCCACUUCCUGCUGAUCCUGCAGCGCCUGCUGGUGGAGCGUGACGCCUCCCCGGCGGGAGCCUCCGGGAACCUGUCGCUGCUGCUGAGCCUCCUGUCCCUGAUGCAGCUGCGGAACCAGCCGGGGCAGGAGCUGGACAGCUUGGCCACGCAGCUCCUCCACCAAGUGAGCGAGCUGUGCGGGAAGUGCGGCCCCGCCGACCAGGACGUCCUGCAGCCCUCCUUCAACUUCCUGUACUGCAGCCUCCACCAGCCGGCGCCAGGCAGUCAGAGGAGAGCUGCCGCGGUGCUCCUGAGCAGCUCGGCCCUGAUCUCGCUUCUGGACAAGAUGCUGGCGCGCACCUGGGCCAGGGCUGAGGCUGGCUCCCCGGGCCCCGAGCUCCUCGGCUCUGCCUGGCUGCUCGCCGCCUCCCUGGCUGCCCACCAGCGCCUCGGCAGCCUGCAGGUUCACCAGGUGCUGUCCGUAGACCUGGGCCAGGUGUUGAAGGCCCUCAGCUUUCCACAGAGAAAGGCUGCCCUGCUCUCAGCUGCCAUCUCACGCUUCCUGCGGACGGCCCUGCAGCAAAGCUUCUCCUCUGCCUUGGUGACUCUGGUGCCCUCAGAGAUCCAACCCCUGCCAGCCUGUGAGGACUCUGUCCUAGCUCCACUGGGAACAUCUCAAGUGCUGUCGCUGGUCAUUGGACUGCAGAACCUCCUGGUGCAGAAGGACCCUCUGCUGCCCCACGCCUGCGUCGGCUGUCUGGAAGCCUUGCUUGACUACCUGCAUGCGCGGAGCCCAGACAUUGCGUGCCAUGUGGCCUCCCAGCCCUGGAAUCGGUUUUUGCUGUUUACCCUCCUGGACGCCGGCGAGAACUCCUUCCUCAGACCUGAGGUCUUGAGGCUCAUGACUCUGUUUGUGCGUUUCCGGAGCAGCACUGUCCUCUCUCCUGAAGAGGUGGCGCAGGUUCUGCGAGGCGCGGCUUUGGCUGACCCCUCUACCCUUCCGAAUGCCACGCUCCAGGCGCUACACGGCUUCCUCCAGCAGGUCCAAAGCAUGGGUCUCCUUGCCGAUGACAGCACAGCCCAGACUCUGAAGGCCUCUUUGGAGGGCCUUUCCCCCUGCACUUCCUCUGCCCAGCCACCCCAAGACAUGCUCUGCCUGGCAGGGGUGGCUGUGUCACUAUCCCACAUCAGGGACUGACCCUCAGGACUUGCAGGCCCGGAAAUGGCGAGAGCUGAGACCUGGAGAAGACGUCAGGGCACAGCCGCUGGGGAGAUGGGUGACGAGUGCGGCCGUUUCCUGGGCUGUGGUUGGAAUGGAGCAAUAAAUGGAU